AUGCCUCUCCAUGUUUCUGAAUCAGAUACAGAUUCAACUCCAGAUGCCUUCCUUAAUAAGGAAAUUGCAGAGGAAGAGAACUCUCAAAUAAAGUAUAGAUCAUGUUCAUGGCAAAAAACCGCUGGGUUGUUGUUCUCAGAAUAUAUAUGUCUUGCUAUAAUGUCAUUCCCAUGGUCAUAUUCCGUCCUUGGUUUAGUUCCUGGUUUGAUCCUAACGGUUUUCGUCUCAUUCACCUAUCCUCACAUUCAAUCAAUUUGUGAUAUUGGACAACAUUUAUUCUGGGGUAAGAAAUGGGCAUGGUAUGCAACUGCUGUAUGUUUUAUCCUAAACAAUAUUUUGAUCCAGGCUUUACACGUUUUAGUCGGUGCUAAAUAUCUCAAUACUAUAUCGAACCAUGGUGCCUGUUCAGUGGCGUUUGCAGUUGUUGCAGCUGUGGUUUGUUUGAUUUUCUCAUUACCUAGAACUUUCAGUCAUAUGUCCUUUGUUGGUAUCUUUGCUGCCGCUACAAUGUUUGUUGCAGUUGUUUUGUCAAUGGCAUUUGCUGGUGUUCAGGAUCAUCCAGAAGGUUUCAAGCCUGGGAAACCAGUUCAUUGGAAUCUAUGGCCAGAAGAAGGGACCACUUAUGUGAGUGGUAUGAGUGCAAUGUUGAACAUUGUUUAUACUUUUGUUGGACAAAUUUGUUAUCCUUCAUUCAUUUCAGAAAUGAAGAAUCCAAAAGAUUUCAAGAAAGCUAUAUAUGUCGUUACCAUUUGUGAAGUUAUUGUCUUUUCAUUGGCUGGUUCCAUUGUUUAUGUUUACGUUGGUAAUGAGUACAUCACAGCUCCAGCUUUUGGUUCUUUAACUGGUACUUACAAGAAAGUUGCUUUUUCAUUUGCCAUUCCAACUAUUGUGUUUUUAGGGUCACUAUACAGUAAUGUUUCCUCUCAAUUCAUCUUUUUGAAAAUCUUCCACAAUUCAAAACAUAAAUCUCAACACACUGUCAAAGGUUGGUCAGUUUGGAUUGGUUUAAACGUCUUGUUUUGGGUUCUUGCUUUUGUUAUUGCAGAAGUUAUUCCAUUCUUUUCAGAUUUGUUAUCUUUAAUGUCUUCAUUAUUUGAUUGUUGGUUUGGAUUUGUAUUUUGGGGUGUUGCAUUCAUUAGACUAAGACAAUCCAAGUAUAAAGGACAAUUUACAAACACUAGAGAAUUCUUCAAUGUGUUAACUACAAGAGAAAAAAUUGAAUACGUUAUUUGCAUAUUUUUGAUCUUGAUGGGUAUCUAUAUCCUUGGACCUGGUACUUAUGCCAGUGUUGAUAGUAUUGUUUUGAGUUAUCAAGAUGAUGCUUAUGGUAAAGUUUUCAGUUGUGCAAGUAAUGGUUUAUAG